UAUAAAAUGGCACUGAUCAGAAUAGCAUUCACAUUUGUGUAUUCGUGCAGUCAAUGUUACCUGUGGAUCUUAAACGCAACUUUAACUUUUUAAGUAUAGUGAGACUUGAUUACAAGAAAGCAAAAGAGACUACAAAUAAUUGCAAACCUGACUACAAGGAAACAAAAACUUCUUUAAAAAAAGAUAACCAUGGAAGAAACUCAAGUAUAUGAUUUUCAAAAUGCAUCUAUUAAUAUACUGAACGAUGAUUGCUUAAAACAUAUUUUUCAAUUUUUACCAAUUGUUGACAAAAUGCGUAUAGAAAGAGUGUGCAAACGUUGGAGAGUAUUAAGUAAAGAUUCUUGGUAUACAAUGAAGGAGAUAGAUACUUCAUGGAUAUACGAAAUAUCAGAUUUUUUAACAUAUCAUAGAUUCGCUGAAGUUAUUCUGAAGAAAAUCGAGAAAAUGUUACCAAAAUAUGGCAAGUUUAUAACAAAAUUACAUCUGCCCCAUCCAGCAACAAUGUCUACACUUGGUUACAAUAUAAGAGAGUUUAACGAAAAAUUAUUCAAAAUAGUCAUGAAAUAUUGUACCAAUCUUACUAAUAUUAAUAUUUCUAUAACAAUAAUUGAUGAAGAGGACGAACAAAUAUUUCUGUGCAAAUGUAAAAAAAUAACUAGGCUUACUUUGGGAGUGUUUUACGACUUAGAUGAACAAAAAACAUUUUUCCAAGAAUUUCCACAGCUCAACUAUUUGCAAAUAUUUUGUAAUGAUAACUUUACGGGUGAAUGUAUAUCAUAUUUGCCAGCCCAGACAAUGCGCACUCUUAUAGUAAGAUGUUGCUCGAACAUUGAGGAUAUUAUAUUUUCCAAGGGAUUGGCAAAGCUUGAAAAUUUAGAACAUCUUGAGAUAACUUGUUCUACUAUUGGUAGAAAAAUGAUGAGAACUAUCAGCAAGUAUAGCGAAAAGCUAAAAAUAUUACGAAUUAACAAACACAACAGCUGGCGAAGUGGGGCUGCGUUACGUUUUACUAACCUUAUUAACUUGCAAACACUAAAAUUGACAUACUUUCCAUUUUCACCCAAACAUUUCACUGAGAUAGCAAGCAAUUGUCAACAGAUUACUUCUCUAGAUAUUUCUGGUAGCUCCUUUUGUGACGAUACUGCACUAAGAACUAUUGCAGCAUUACCAAAAUUAGAAUAUUUAAAUAUUAGUUUUGUGCUUGGAAUUACUGAUAAUGGUUUGAAAAACCUAAAGAACCUAAAAGGAUUGGAGUGUAGUGGAUGUGAAAACAUAACAGACAAUGGGAUACACGAUAUUCUUGUAUUCUCACCUCAAUUACAACUACUAGAUCUUUCCUUUUGUAGUAGGAUUACAAACAAUAUUUUCGAAUUUGCUAAAGUAAUUCGUGAUAAUGAACCUAAUAAAAUAGUACUAAAAAUUUAUAUUUCGGGAACACAAAUUGUUUUAACAGAUAAACAUAAGGUGCAUCCGGCAAUACAACUGAUCACUUUCACUGAGUUGUAUGUUCCUGGUCAUCUUUUAGGAAGGCUUCCAGUAAAAUAUAUGCCUUUGAGUUAUCCCAGUAAGCAAUGUGGGUUUUAUAUAAACUGGAGAGAACAGACAAAAAUGAGAGAGGCCAUCUUGAGAACGUCAACGAAUGGUUAUCCGUUUGCUGAAUGUUGUAGGUGUCAUUUUAAAUAAUUUGAUUUAUUUUAUUUGUUUAAUUAAUAAGUUAAUUUGAAUAAGAUUUUUUUGUUUUUGUUUUGCCACUGUUACGUCCGACUAACUGAGAGAACUAAUAUUUUCUCGCUUUGUUCAACCUCACGAAAACCGAACUCUG